AUGAAUCCAUUCUAAUAGAUUCCCACUUUAGCAUAACUUUAAUAUUGUCCCUAAUUACAAUAAUUGUAAUAACUUCAACAGAUACAAUAUUUACAUUUACUUUGUGCACUCUAAAGCAAUAUUACCAACCCAUCAAAUCUACAAAUACCAUCACUCAAUCCUCUUCAACAAAUAUCUCUUCUUUCUUAAUCAUCUCAAAGAACAAUACCGAUAGUACAAUAACCUGACAUUCGAACGAAGAAAAGUCAAUCAGAAAGAGUUUUACCCAAAUAAAAGAAGGAGAAUGAAAUUCUGAAACAAUUCACCCAAGACGAAAUACUCUGGGAACUCAAAUCCUUAUUGGAAUAUCUCUGCAAGGAGGAAAUCAAGGAAUUGGAGGAGAAUGAGAAAAAUAAAUAUAAAAUCUUGACUAGAAUAGAUGAUGGAUUGAUAGAAUCACUGAUCAAUCGCUAUCAAAAUCAGAAAAAGACAAAAGAAGAAUAAAUUAAAUUCAUACUCAGGAAAUGCUUUAAAUUCCUUAAAUAAAAGAUGAACUUAAAUGAAUUGACAAUGAGCGCUUAUGAAAUCGAAAAAGUAUUUUAUAAGGAAUAUUUUUCUACCAAUGACAAUAUUGAAGAAUUAAUUCCCUUUAGGUCUGAGUCUUCCAACAAAACCAUGAAUACUUCUUAUUUAAAGAAAAUUUUUUCUUCUGAAAAGUUUUACGAAGGAUACCUCUCUUAUCUUGAACAUUUUGAUGAAAUUUGGGAUCAAGAAAAUAAUGAAAAAAUUCAAAAUAUGGCCAAAUAAGUCUUAAAAUUUAUUGCUUCUGGAUAAAUCGAUAAAAUAUCCACUUACAAAAGAGUACCUUGGAUUUCGUCAAUGAAAUAACGUUGUUAUGAAUUGGCUGUUUCGUUUAAAGCAUACCAUGAACAAGAAGAAAUCUGUAAAAAGGUAAAAUAGGAAUGAAAAUAUUGAUAUUAUUCAAAAAUACAA